AUCAUCGCUUGAACAUGAAGCAGAGGCUCUGAUGGAGAGUGGUUGGUGGCGCUGGUGGAGUUCCAAUAGAAACAAUACCUCAAGUCAUUGUAAGUGGCCUGGUAUAGCUUGUAACAAAGCUGGAAGUGUGACAGAGAUUAAACCACCUCGUAACUUCAUGGUGGGUGACAAAUUUGUGAAACUCAACUUCUCUUCCUUCCCAAACCUUGUUCGGCUUGAUCUUUGUGGGAACGGACUCCAAGGAAGCAUCACUGCUCAUUUUGGUGUUCUUUCAAAGCUCAUGUACUUCAACCAAUCCUCAAAUAAUAUGACAGGUGAGCUAACUACUUGGCUAGCAAAUCUCACCCAAUUAGUAGAGCUGGAUCUUUCAAAUAACCAUUUUAAGGGUCCCAUCCCCAUGCAACUGGGGAAUCUGAAGAAUCUGGUUGCCAUAAACUUAAGUGGUAACGUGCUCAUAGGUCCAAUCUCUUCAUCCCUUGUUCAUUUGACCAACUUGACAUCUCUAUGCCUCAGUUUGAACCAAAUCAACAGUUCCAUCCCUUCAGAUGUAGGAAAUUUGAAAAAGCUAGUUCACCUGGAUCUUAGUUCUAAUUACCUUAAUGGUUCAAUUCCCUCAUCCCUUAAUCAUUUAACCAGAUUGAAUUAUUUGUCCUUUCAUUCAAAUUUCAUAGAAGGUUCAUAGACCAGGAAAUUAGGAAUGUAGAACAU